CUCACAUCAUCUUCCAUAAUUCCAUUGUUAAUGUUCAUGGAUGUCAAGUUGAGUUUUUAAUUUUUAAUCAAUGAGUUGAGACUUGAAAAGACUAUUUGUAAUCAAUGUUAUAGUGAAGUUUCUAAUUAAUUUUAGAAUAUCCCUGCAAUAUUUUUGAUAUCAUUGAACAUUCAACAUUUUGUCAUCAUGGUUUCAUAGCUUUCCAGUUCAUAGCUCAUCACAAUGAAAGUGUAUUCUACGUUUUAGAAGAUGUAAGAAAGUUUUACUUUAAUAUUAUUCACUGAAUAAUAGUAGACCCGAGUCUUCUUAUUAGCUGACUGAUGAAAUUAGAUUGGUUGCGUCAGUAUUAUCAAUGAUAUAGCAUAUUACAUACCAAUGGCGGCACGUGAUUAAUUUGAGGUUAUAGGCCUAGGCUAUCUUCAGAAUUGAACAAUUUAAAAUUGAUUGUUCAUUUACAGAUACCUGCCCGCAUGAGUUCGACUCAUAUAUUACUUUAGUGAGUUCAACAAAUUUGAAUUGAAAUUACCAAUAUAAUGGAUGAUAAUUUGGAGGAUUGUCUUUCAUCAACUGGAAGGAAGGAAAUGAAAUGGGAAAAGCUAUUGGCUGUGCUGAAAAACGAAAGUGAAGCAUUGUCGAAACAAUCUUACACAAUAGAGACACGCCUGAGAGACUGCCGGUUGAAGAUGAAAAUUCUGCGAUUAACUUCUCUUAUUGAUAUGUAUGGAUCUAACGCUCUCCCUUCAAGAUCGACGAGAAACAUUAGAAAAAGAAAAUUUCAAGAACAAAAAUUGGACAGUCCUAAUUAUGAUGGUCGGAGUAGCAGUCAUUCUUCAAAAGAAUCGAACGUUGGAGGUCUGUGGACGCCAGAUGAUUCAGAUUAUUAUUCAAAACUGGCGCCCAAAUAUGUACCACCAGUCACAUCGAAAGAUGUCGAUCAACUGCAUGCUUUCAACUUUCGUGGGGAUGAUUCGACGAAAAAGAUUUUACAAUUGAAGAUAACAGCAAGGAUUGUACCUCUAACAAUGACAAAUUUGAAGCGAAAUGUUGAUGUUGAAGCUGUUAACAAAGCUUUGAAAGGAUACACUCACAAUUGGUCACUGAAAUUCACACCUCUUGAUGAUGACACCCUAAAGUUCAUAGAUAAAAUUGUGGUCUAUUUACAUCCUACAUGUGAAGAACAAUUUGUUGUGUUGAAGCUCACCAAGAGAAAGCGUACUGCUGAUGUAAACCAAUACGGAUGGGGAAGCUUCAAAGUUCGUUUGAUGUAUCACUUCAUUCAUUCUGAAUUCAAUCGACCAGUUGAACAAUUACUCGAUCUCGACUUCAUUGUCAAUCAAAUUUCAGGAUUCGAAAGACUAGCAGAAAUAUCAGUCUGUGAUAUCGCAAACGAUACUAUGAACCGUUUGAGAUCAUUUCAUACGGAUGAAAAACAUACAAUUAUUUCGUCAGAAAGUGAAGAAGACAAAUCCCCUAACAAGAAACGGAGAUUGUUUGAAGACGAGGGAUCUAUGGAAGAAAACAACAUACCGUUCGAUGAUAUCUUUUCCCAAAACAGCAUUGACCCCGACCCUUAUUCAGGGGCAUUAUUCUCUUCAGAAAGUUUGCCAAAUCUAUCUGUUAGUUAUCCAGGCCGAUCUCCUCUUACCGACGAACUAGUCAGACAAUUAGCUGACGAACUCAGUCAUUAUAGUUCAACCUCCUGCUCUACGGCUAUGGAAAAUAAUUCACAAUCCACUCUCACACAGUCAGACUCCACUCCAAAUACAACAACAUCUGGUGAUUCUAAAAGGUCUAAGUUGAAGGACUCAAACUCUUCUCCACUUUCUUCUCAAACGUCAUCUGUUGAUAGUUUGAAUACAUCUGGAUAUGGUUCCCAAUCACCUGAUUCACUGGAACUGGAUAGUACAAGAUUAAUUUCAUCUCGACAAGGUUCACCUUUCUCCUCACAGAGUGUUAGUACAACGUCUGAAAUCAUUCCUUCUCAUGCCUCUCAGACUGUUAGCACAACAUCUGAAAUCGCAGAAAGAUCGAAAUGUUUGAAUAAACUUCAUCACACGAAGCCUGAAUGCUCGAAUUUAUGGAAUAAACCACAUCAUCUGAACCCUGAGAAAUUGACAGUUACAUCUGGCAGUGAACUCUUGAAAGCCUCUCAUAGCUCAUCUCAAUCUUCUAUCGAAUCAGAAUGCAUUGCUGAGUUGAAGAACUUACCUUCCCUGUCAGAGAAAGAAAGUGAAUUUGAACCAAAACCUCUUCCGGAGGUGUCUAAACUUUACCGCUCAAAUCAGGAAUUGGUACAUCUUCCAUCAGCAAAACCUAAAACCUCAACGCCGUGUCCAAAGCCUAUUAUCGUUCAAGCUCUCACUGUGAAUUCCAAUGGCAAAAUUCUUAUAAAACAUGACGGAAAAAACAAGCUGAUAAGAAUUAUCAAAGCUGGAAGCACAAGUUUGCUGAAGAAUCCUCAAAAUUUCUCGUUAAUUUCGAAACCUACUCCUAAUCCUAUUCCUGUUACGAGUCGAAAACAGGACGCAGAUAAAUCCACUGAUGAAAAUUUAAAAGGAAUUUUGAGUCGAAAAUUUGAGAAAGUGAGACAAACAGUUUCAGGCAUGGAAUUUGAAGAAGCCCUUAUAUAUUGCUUAAAAAACUAUCCGAUUGUAACGGAAGAAGCUACAAGUUUAAUAUAUAAACAAUUACAUCCUUAUGCGGCCAAAUCCAACGAAGAAUUUUUAUCAUGGAAAUUCGGGAAGAGAGCAGCUUCAUUGACAAAAUUAGCCAGAUUCACCCAUGGAAUAUUAUCUGAUAAUUGUAAAAGUGAACCUUGGUCAUGGGUUCAAGUACGCCAGUAUAUCAAGUAUCAUGGAUACGCUCCUGUUGCCAAAAUCAAUGGUGUUUACAUUCCUUGCUCAUAUCAGCUGAAACUUCCUGAAACAAGUUUAACAUGUAAGAAACCACAGGCAGAUCUCGCUGAACUCAGAAAUCUUCAAUGUAAAAUGGACGAAGCGUCUUGUGAAGUUGACGUUGACGAUUCCAUGCAACCAAAAUCCAAUGUUUCACAAUUCAGUGGAUUGCAUACCAAAAGCAAGGAUCAAAUCAUGAACAGUUUUACAACUCCUGAGGAUGACGAAUUACGUCAAUGGCUCAUGAGAACUAAUGACAUUUUUGAUGAAUUUGUCAUUGAUGACUUUGUACCUGAAGUGUUGAUGUCGAUUUUCAAAUCUUUCGCCGAGUUUAUGUUGAGGCGAUCACUGGCUGCAAUGAUGAACCGGAAACGAAGACAUAACAUCAUACGAGAGAAAGAUGUUCUUACUGCCGUUCUACUCUCCGACAAGUUACGAAUUUUGACCGAACAGGAUUUGGGUAAAAAAUCAAUUAAAUAUAACAUUCAGUCUUACUAGUAUUUUAGUACAAGUACCUAUAUAGUACUAAUCAUUGUAUUAAUCACAGUAUUUAAUCAAAUUCAUAUUUUAUUGAUAGAGGUGACAUUGUUUUUACCACUUAUAUCAACGCUAGAGUCCUAUAUUGAGGUCCACGUUAUAAUGGCAGUGAAGAAAGAUAGGAGAAAAAUGUUGCCAAGUCUCUCCAUUUUGCCACCGAGUGUACUCAGCUGGAACUCAAUUCAUCUCGUUAAAUUUGAUCAAUAAUAAUUAUCAUUUCCUUGAUAAAAUAAUCAAUUUGAUAUCAAAUUAAUCAAGAAUAUAUUUUUUUCAUAAAUUGAUUCAAAAAUUUGCUUUCAUAACUGAGAUCAGAUUUUUAUUUUUAUACAAACCUGAAAUGGCGGCUAAUUAAAAAAGCUGUGAUACACCAAUCUGAGUUUCAAAACACUAAAAAUCAAGUUAUUUGGUAGGUAUUCUAUUUCAAUUUAUUUUUUAAAUAAUAGAAAACCUAUUUAAAAUGAGUAAUUUCAAUGGAAAUAAUUCUGAAAUAACCUUUCAAUAUUAUUUAUACCGGUACGAGUAGGUCUAACCUAUACGUGUAUGCUAACUGAAGCAUGAAUGAAGUCUAGGAUGGUUAGUUAACUUUUAAAAUGUCAUUUCAGGUAUUUUAAUUUGUGUUUCUCAUACGGUAAUGUCUAAAAAUUAUUUCAUUGUUUCAAAAAUACAUUUUAAAUCUAUUAUACGACUUGUGUACUAAAGUAUUUUGAUAGAAUGAAGAAAAAAAUGGCGGCUGAGAAUUGUUUGUCUACUUUUGUACAGUCACUGUCAAAAGUAAAAAUAAAAUAUUCUGGCAAACGGACAACAUUGCAAAGCGAGAGAGAGAUAGCGCUAUCUGUUUUGUUGUAUGAUAGAAAAGGACAGCAACAGUAUUGUCAAUCGUACACUGCCAUUAUAACGUGGACCUCACUAUAUUUAAAAACAAUUCAUUUUCUAUCAAAGCACCAUUGAAAAUGUUUUGUUAAAGAUAAUAAUUGCUUUUCGGCUAUGCAUGACUUAGGCCAAUAUCAAAGUUCCUUUUAGUUUCUAGCAUUUUUAAAUUUUAUAAAACUGUAUACCUCUCAACCCUUAAAGUCGAUAGUGGGAUCGUUAGUUGGGUAAUGCCAUUUUAGUGCUUGUCUUAUAAUAGUGCUUUUUUGGUUCUGAAUUUAUAAUAAAAUCUCUAGGGGGAGGGGCUACCUGUAUUCAUACAUAAAGUGGGUAUUGCGUGUGAUCAGCAGAUAAGUUCUUCAGAGCUAUAAUAAUUGAAACUACUAUCGAACAACUCAUAAACUGUAAAGCAUUGAUUUUUUGACAUGAUCAAUUAGCAUAUAUUCUCUGGGUUAUCAUUUCUGCUUGAGAAAAUUGUACUUUUGAUUGUUUGUUUUCAAUGUUGACUGAUGCAAUGAUAUUUGUUGUUAUUUCAACACUUGAGAUGACAGGUGAUAGUUGACAAUCGACAAUUUAUUUAUUUAUUGUAAAAUACACAACAGAACGUUUAGCCGCCACAAGCCAG